AUGAAGAUAAUUGGUUGGAACUGUCAGGGGUUGGGGAGCCCCUCGACAGUUCGAGCUCUUUAUAACCUCCUCAAGACUAAUCAACCUGAAAUUGUUUUUAUCAUGGAAUCAAAAAGCAAAUUAGCUGCGGUAGAGAAAGUGAAGAGAAAAGAUGGUUUCCAGAAUUGUUGCACCGUAGAGCCAAAUGGAUCCUCUAGGGGUUUAGUGCUCUUUUGGAAAGAUAAUGUUACUAUUAAAGUCCUCUUUGCUGAUAAGAAUUAUUUUGAUGUUGAGGUGGGUGAUUCUCAGAAAUGUCAUCAUGAUGGGGAGGUCUUCAGGGAUUUUAUUCAGACGUGUGGUUUUAUGGACAUGGGUUAUAAUGGAGCAGCUUACACUUGGAAUAAUAGGAGGGGAGGUUCUUCAAACAUUAGAAUUCGUCUUGACCGGGUGCUUUGUAACUCUGCUUGGUUGCAAGAUUUUGAAAAUGCUUCUGUUUUUAUUAAGUCGACUAUCAGUUCUAAUCAUUGUCCUAUUCUUCUAGAUACAGAUGGUGGCAUUUGCAGAGGCAAAAGGCCCUUCAGGUUUGAGUCCAUGUGGACAUUGCAUGAAGACUUCAAGAAUGUGGAGGUCUUUGGUAAUAUUCAGGAAAAUAUUAAAGCCUUGAAAACCCAGUUGGAACACUUACAAAGCAUGCCGAGAUCAGCCUAUUCACAGUCCAAGGAAUCAGAAAUUCAAAGAUCCCUUGAUUUAGAGCUUCAAAAAGAAGAGGAACUGUGGCGUCAAAAGUCGAGGGUAGAUUGGCUAAAAGGAGGUGACAAGAAUACAGCUUUUUUCCAUGUGACAACUUUGAAGAGGAGACAUAGAAAUAAGAUCUUGAAGAUCAAGUCCUCUUCGGGGGAGUGGUCUUCUUCGGAGAGGGAGGUUUCUGAUAUUUUAUGUAAUCACUUUCAGUCUCUGUAUUCUUCUGAACCCUUGAAUAAUAUUGCUCUUAAUUUUGUCUUGGAUGCGGUGCAGCCGGUGGGGGCUCCGGAGAAUGCUGAUCAAUUUAGGCCUAUUAGCCUUUGCAAUAUUACUUUCAAGAUCAUCACCAAAGUCAUAGUUGAUCGUCUCAAAGGAGCUUUGGAUUCGAUUAUCUCCCCUAGCCAAUCGGCUUUUAUUCCUAAUAGGCUCAUAUCUGAUAAUGUCUUGGUGGCCCAUGAGCUAUUCCACUUUAUCAAGAAGAAGAAGAAGGGAAAGGAAAAUUUCUUGGCUUUAAAGUUGGAUAUGGGCAAAGCCUACGACAGGUUGGAGUGGAAAUUCAUUGAUGGUAUGCUUCGAAAACUAGGUUUCAGUAAUUAUUGGGUGGAUCUUGUUAUGACUUGUAUCACUAGUGUUUCAUACAAUCUGCUUAUAAAUGGUUGUGUGAAGGGUGCAGCUCUUACUGCUGUUAUCAACCAGGCUGAGGGUGCUGGUUUACUCAGGGGGGAGGUAAAUACUCUUAAGGAGUGUCUUGACUUCUACUGUGAAGCUACAGGCCAAACAAUAAAUUUCCAAAAAUCCAGUCUGACUUUCAACCCUAACACUCAUGACAGAAUCAAGAGGUGGUUUGCUAGAAAACUCAAGGUCAGACAGGGUGAUGGUCCUUCAAAGUACUUGGGUCUUCCUACUCAUUUCAGUGUUUCCAAGAAGGAUGUGUUCAAUGAGGUUAAAGAAAGGACUCUCAACAAAGUUCAGACCUGGACGGAAAAGUUGCUCUCUCAUGCUGGGAAGGAGCUAAACUGGGGAGUAUGCCUUCUUGGGGCUGGAGAAGUCUUAUUCCGUGAUGUGCUUCUUGAAGGUUUGGUUUGGAAAGUAGGAGAUGGCAAAAAAAUUACUAUUUGGAAUGACAAGUGGAUUCCAUUCCUUCCAAAUUUUAAGUUGAGUAUCUCAAAGCCCGAUGGAUGCUCUAUUGCUAUGGUGUCCGACCUUAUUGAUUCUUCUUCUAGAUGUUGGAAGAUGGGGCUGAUUAGAGACAUUUUCAACCCUUUUGAGGCUUCUGAGAUUUUAAAGAUCCCUCUUAGCUUGCUUCCCAGAGAAGAUAGAAGAGUUUGGGGUGCUACAGCAAAUGGGGUGUUCUCCGUUAAAUUAGCCUAUGGGCUGCUGGUCAGAAGAGAGGAGGAGAAUCACAAGGCUCUGGCUUCUUCUUCAAGAGUUAGGAGGUGGGAAUGUAUUCCAGAUUCAGUGUGGAAGAGAUUAUGGUCGAUUGAUACUCUUCCAAAAAUUAAGUCAUUUCUCUGGAGAUCUUGUAAUGAAGCCUUAGCCAUGGGAGAAAACUUAGUGUCUGGCAAAAUCCAUAUUGAUCCCUGCUGUUUGAGAUGCGGUUCUGCUGUGGAAUCUAUAGAUCAUCUGCUGUUUGAAUGUACUUUCGCUAGAAGCGUCUGGUUUGGUUCUCCUCUACAGUUCUCCCCUCCAACUGACGUUCCUUGUUUGGUGGAUUGGAUCCAAAGUUGGGACGUGUGGUUUCGUGAAGAUAAGCGGGUAGCCAAAAUUGCUCUCUCAAGGGCUUCCUUCUUAUGCUGGUAUCUUUGGAGAGCUCGCAACGAGCUAGUAUUCAGUGGUAAAGCUUGGUCCCCUGCUGACAUUAUUCAGCUGGCCGAAAAUGCUUUCAUAGAGUUCGCAGAUGCAAAUAAAAGUGUUGCGCCAAGCUCUCUCGGGGGAGCUUACAACAGUGUUUCUCUAAACCAGCUUUGGGAACUCCCUCCUGCUGGAUUUUUAAAGGUGAACUGUGAUGCUACUAGUUCAGCUUCAAAGAAUUUUGGUGGUUUGGGUGUGAUUCUGAGAAAUCACUGUGGUUCGGCUUUGCUGGCUCGCUCUAUUCCUACUCACUUUGGCUCCAUUAUCCAAGGGGAGAUUCUAGCCAUUCGAAAUGGAGUCUCAGCAGCUCUUGAGAUGGGAAUUGAGAAUGUCAUGGUUGAAUCAGAUAAUAAGGAAGCUAUCGAUUUCAUCAAAGGAACGAAAAUUCCUGCUGUCGAAGUGGAAGACUUAGUCAGGGACAUUCUUUGGUUAUCAGAGAAGUUCUCUUCUGUUUCUUUUUCCCAUAUUCCUAGGACUAUGAAUAGUGUGUCGGAUGCCCUAGCCAGGAAGGCCCUUUUGUAUCCUGUUGUGAAGUUUUCAGAAGAUAUUGUUUUUGGUGAUCCCUUAAAGCAUCCUCUCCCAGCAAUCAGAAACAAGCCUGCAUUUCCAGAGAACCGUUCUGAAGCACCCAAAAGAAAGUGA